UGGAAGAGAUAACUUUCACAAUUACAUGAUUGCUUAGAACUGUUCGUUUUACUUCUGUAGUUAGGAGGGCAAAAGAGUCCAGAAUCAAGAUGUGUCAAUAUUCCAAUGUAGAGUACCUUUGGAAGGAUUUGCUCUGGUCUGGAGUUUGGUAUAUAAUAAACCCAUUAUUGGCAGCCUGAGAAGAAGAAUGGAAGUAAAUAAGUUAAGCAAGACCUUAAUACUUUGGCAAAGGGGCAGAACCUGGAAUAGGUGGGAGAGUCCGGCAGAAGAGCUGGGCUCUGGUUCAUUUGUUGGCAUUCUCUGUGAGCCCACGGGGGAAUCACAUCCCUUCUUUGGGUCACUCAAUUUCCUUACUAGUAAAUGAAGAUGACCCUUACCACUUCUAACACCCUAUGACUCUCCUUAUAGACCCCUUGGGUCAUAUUUCCUUGGUGUAACCACUCUGGAUUAUCAGAAGUGUGGAAAGGGUUAGAAAGAGUUGGAAAGGGUUAGAUUUAAUUUUUUUAAAAAUGGACUAAUUUUUGAGCAGUUUUAGAUGUAUACAAAAAAUGUAGCAGAAGGUACAGAGUUCCCAUGUACCUCCUUACACAUACCCCAGUUUCCCCAAUUAUUAACAUCUUGCAUUAGCAGGUACAUUUGCUACAGUGGAUGAGCUAAUACUGACACAUUAUUAACUAAAGUCCAUUGUCCACACUAGGGUUCAUCUUCGUUUUGUGCAUUCUAUGGGUUUUGACGCAUGUAUAGUGAUACACAUCUACCAUUACAGUAUCCUACAGAAUUUCAUGGCUCUAAAAAUCCUCUGUGUUCCAUCUAUUCAUCCCCUCCUUCUUCCCACCCCAACCCCUGGCAACCAUUUAUCUUCUGUCUCCAUAAUUUUGCCUUGUCUAAAAUGUCAUAUAGUUGGAGUCAUAUAGUAUGUAGUCUUUUCAGAUUGGCUUCUCUUAGCAAUACAUAUUUAAAGUUCUUCCAUGUCUUUUUGUGGCUUGAUAGCUCAUUUAAUUUUAGUACUGAGUAACAUUUCAUUGUUUGGAUGUGCCAUUGUUUAUCCAUUCACUUAUUGAAGGACAUCUUGUUUGCCUCUAGGUUCUGGCAAUUAUGAAUAAAGCUGCUAUCAACAUUCAUGUGCAGGUUUUUGUGUGUAUGUAAGUUUUUAACUCAUUUGGAUAAAUACCAAGGAGUUGUGAUUGCUAGGUGGUAUGGUAAGAGUACGUUUAGUUUUGGAAGAAGCUUCCAAACUGUCUUCCAAAGUGGCUGCACCAUUUUGCAUUUGCACCAGCAUUGAAUGAGAGUUCUUUUUGCUCCACAUCUUUGCCAGCAUGUGGUCUUGUCAGUGUUUUUGGAUUCUGGUAUCUAAUAGGUAUGUAGUGGCAUUUCAUUUUUGUUUUAAUAUACAAUUCAGCAAUGACAUAUGAUGUUGAGCAUCUUUUCAUCUGUUUAUUUGCCAUUAUAUAACUUCUUUGAUGAGGUGUGUAUUCAGAUCAUCUGACCAUUUUUUUAACUGGGUCAUUUGUUUUCAUGUUGUUCAGUUUAGACUUGAUUUUAUGGAACUCUUUUGCCAAUGACAUGAGGCUUAAACAGCACUCUUGCUUGACCCUGGCUAGUGUUGUCCAGAGGCCCUCAUGGGUGAAGUAUAAUUGCACAGUUUAUGCAUACAUUGUAGCAAACAUAGCUUAAAGACUCUUCAUCCAGGAGCUGGUAACAGAGAAAAGUUUUCUAAGAGACAUAGUCCACUGAAAGGAGUCUUUGAAAAGGAUGAUUCUGGCCAGUAGAUCCAAAGAAGGCUGGCAAACGCCACCUUAACCAAGUGAUCCAAGUUAACAUCAGUGAUAAGACAUCGACAUCUUGUCCUUCUCGAGCACGUACAUCACUUCUGGGGUACUCUUUCCCAAAAAAGCGCAACCUGAAUCCAAUUAGGAGGAAAUGUCAGACAAAAUGAAACUGAGGGACAUUCUACAAAACGACUGGCCAGUACUUUUUAAAUGUGGUUUGAUCGUGAAAGAAAAAGAAUGACAGAGAACUGUCCUAGAUUAAAGGGGGACUAAGGAGACACGACAUCUCAAUGCAAUGUAUGAUCUUGGAUUGAAUCUCAGAACAGAAAAGGACCCUUAGAGGGGCAAUUAAUGAGAUGUGGUAAGUGCUGUAGAUUAGCUAAUCGCAUUAUCCCAGUGCCUGUGUUUGAUCACUGCACUGGCGUUAUAUACGAUGUCAAUAUUUAGAGAAGCUGGCUGAAGGGUUACGGAAAUCUCUUGUGCUGUUUUUGCAACAUUUUCGAAAGUCCUAAAUUAUUUCAGUUCAAAUGAAAAGUUUAAAAAACAAAAAUUAGAAGUUCCAGAAGGCCGCGCGCCAGCCGCUCCUGCGGGACGGAGCACCCGGGUCCUCCUGGUGGGAGCCCCCAGUGCCGUUCACGCUCCGCCCGGCGGGGAUUAAACUCGCACGCGAGAAGCACCGCCCCCGCUCCCGCCCCGCCCCGCCCCGCUCCGCUCCUCUCCGGCCGCGCAGCCGCUGCCGCCCACCCACACCCGCCGUCAUGCUCCGGGCAGCGCUGCCCGCGCUCCUGCUGCCGGUGCUGGGCCUCGCCGCUGCUGCCGUCGCGGACUGUCCUUCAUCUACUUGGAUUCAGUUCCAAGACAGUUGUUACAUUUUUCUCCAAGAAGCCAUCAAAGUAGAAAGCAUAGAGGACGUCAGGAAUCAGUGUACUGAUCAUGGAGCGGACAUGAUAAGCAUACAUAAUGAAGAAGAAAAUGCUUUUAUACUGGAUACUUUGAAAAAGCAAUGGAAAGGCCCAGAUGAUAUCCUACUAGGCAUGUUUUAUGACACAGAUGAUGCGAGUUUCAAGUGGUUUGAUAAUUCAAAUAUGACAUUUGAUAAGUGGACAGACCAAGAUGAUGAUGAGGAUUUAGUUGACACCUGUGCUUUUCUGCACAUCAAGACAGGUGAAUGGAAAAAAGGAAAUUGUGAAGUUUCUUCUGUGGAAGGAACACUAUGCAAAACAGCUAUCCCAUACAAAAGGAAAUAUUUAUCAGAUAACCACAUUUUAAUAUCAGCAUUGGUGAUUGCUAGCACGGUAAUUUUGACAGUUUUGGGAGCAAUCAUUUGGUUCCUGUACAAAAAACAUUCUGAUUCUCCUUUCACCACAGUUUUUUCAACUGCACCCCAAUCACCUUAUAAUGAAGACUGUGUUUUGGUAGUUGGAGAAGAAAAUGAAUAUCCUGUUCAAUUUGACUAAGUUUUUGGUAAUCCUGCACUAAGACAUCAACAAAUGCCCUGGCAGAGAUAACUUGGGAAAGAUUUUAAUAUAAAAUUUGACAUUGGAUAUUAGAGCUUUAAUGGUAUUCCUUAUUCCAGUAACAUUUUUAUGUACUCAUCUGUUGUGAAGAGUCUUUAGGUUCAUUAAAAAAACAGGUUUUAGAAAUGAUCUUAGAUCUAACAAACAUAGUGAUUUUAAGCAUCCUGUCAAAGGCAGAAUCUGUGACUUGAAUGAAGGAAAGCUUAAAGCCCAAGAAGCAGAUAAAAAUAAAAGCCCAGCCUAUUUGUCUUGCCUGCUGUAUCUUCCCUUCUAUUUAGUUGACCCACUUCAGUUUAUACGUUUAUUAGUAAACAUGAAAUGGGGAAUAAGUUAUUUUAAGUACAUCCCAUACAUUUAAAUAUCUUUGAUAAUUGUUUUUUGGCAGAUAAUUCCUCUAGAAUGUGUAUCUCCUUUUAUGAUUUAGAUGAAGAAAAUUUGACAACUUUUAACACUCCACACCAAUUUUAGUUUCAUUACUUUUACACACACCAUUUUAUCACAAAUGACUCAAGUUUUAAUGAAUGUUUAUAAAUCUUUUGAAACAAAAUAUGAUCGCUGUGUCCAGGAUGGCAUACAGAAAGCUUGCAAUUAGGUUAACACACUUACAUAUUAUAGUGCCCCUUUAAGGAUUUCUCUCUUGCCACGAUACCGUUCUUACCUUCCCCUAUACAAGAUAUAUCUCAUUCUCCUCAAGCACUUAUAAAUUUUUCCUUCAAUGACAUGAAAACUGUGUAAGCAAAAACUGAAGAAAAACACUAAGUACAACUGUAGUGACAAUGAUCAAAGUUUUCAGUGCAUUUAUUGUACAUUUUAAGAAAAAGGUGAAAAUCAUUUGGGGAGUAAAAAAAUGAAAAAGCUGAAACGAGUGAUUUUCCUCACCAUCAUCAAUAAACCAAAAACAGGAAAGAUAAAGAAUGUAUAAAUUUCAUGUAAAUCAGUCAUGUAUCACUUAUCAAUGGGGAUACGUUCUAAGAAAUGCAUAGUUAGGAAAUCUUGUGUGAAAAUCAGCUUGUAUUUACACAAACCCAGAUGGUAGAGCCUAUUUUGUCCCAAACCUACACAGCAUGUUACUGUGCUGAAUACUGCAGACAACUGUAACACAAUAUUUGUGUAUCUAAAUAUAGAAAAGGUACAGUAAAAAUAUGGUCUACUAAGGAAACACUGUUCUAUAUGUGGUCCAUUACUGACUGAAGUAUACUGUCUGUCUAGAAGUCUGAAGCUCAAAGAAAAGUAAUCCCUCUUCUGAAUCCACACCCCAUCAAUUAUCUUACUUUCUUAUGGGGAGAUAUACUAUCUCACUAGCUUGACUAAUGGCAACAAAGUCCUAGCUUAUGUAAUCUCCUUUUAUUGACCACAUGAAUCGAAAACACUCAUCACAAUUAACGGCACUAUCAUUAAUAAGACAUGAGUAACUAAAAAGUGACAGAAAACUAUUAACAGUGCGGCUACAUGGUACUGAAAAUGCAGGCAUUACACCAGCUGUUACACAAGCACAAGCAUGCUCUUUAAGAGCUUUACAUUUCUGAGAUUUUGUGUAGUGAUUGAGAUGUCUAUUUUAUUAUUGAUGAUAGACUAUUACUAAUGUCAAUAUUGAACACUACCCUGGAAUUCCUGCCUGGUUUUCCUAACCAAAUUGUACCUCUCCUUGAAGAACUACAGGCACAGUAAAAAAAUAUGGCGUAUUACGUGAACUAAAAGAGUUCUAACGGAGUUCUUAAAGGAGUGGUAGAAUUUGGGUAGGAAAAUUUGGGUAGAAAAGUGAUUAAGUCCAACCUAAAACCAACAGCCUCAAACGUCUACAACUACAAUAUCCAAUGUCCAAUGAGCCACUAGCCACAUGAGGCUAUUUAAGUAAAUUUAGUUUAAAAUCCAGUUUCCCAAUUACAUUAGCCACAUUGUCAAGUGUUCAAAUCACAGGUGGUUAGUGGCUACUGUACUGGGCAAUAUACAUUAUAGAACAUUUUCAUUAUAGGAAGUUUUAUUGGGCAGUGCUGCUCUUAAAUCCUACCUUCCACUCAACUCCCAUACAACUAACUUUCUUUUGUACAUUUUGAUACUUUCUACCUAAUGGCAGCUCUUCCAAAAUAGCUGUUUUAAACUAUGAUUUAAUUUUCAAUAUUUGGUUUCAUUUUUCAACAGGCCAAGAGGCCUCUGGUAAUGAAGUGCUAUAUAUAUAUGACGGAGUCUCACUGUGUUGCCUAGGCUAGAGUGCAGUGGCUCUAUCUUGGCUCUCUCCAAUCUCUGCCUUGCAGGUUUUCAAGCAAUUCUCCUGCCUCAGCCUCCUUAGUAGCUGGGACCACAGACAUCUGCCACCACACCCAGCUAACUUUUUGUAUUUUUGGUAGAGACGGGGUUUCGCCAUAUUGACUGGGCUAGUCUCAAACUCCUGACCUCAAGUGAUCCACCCACCUUGGUCUCCCAAAGUGCUGGGAUUACAUGCGUGAGCCACCACACUUGGCCUACAUUUUUUCUUUAUAUACCAGAACAUCUAUAACAGGCACCUUAUCUACUCAUUAGUCAAGAGAUAACUGGAUUACACAGGCAGGCUUGUUUACUACAUUCAGAAUGUAGAAACUGCUUUCUCCAACAUCUUGGUUCUAGCUAGUAAUAACAAUAUAAUUCUUUGGCAGAUAUUUAGAAUAACAUUUUAAACUACAUUUUCUUAGAAAAUUGCAUUCUUGUAGUGAGCAGUGUAUGGUCUCUUUUGUUCAGAAUUUAAAACUGAUAACCAAUGAAAGCCUUUUCUCUUAUUCCUCUACUGUCAUUUACAUGAUAAUCUGAAGCGAAUAUGACAAUAUUUAAAUACUAAGUGGUACUAGGGAACUACAAGAAUACUGUAAAGCUUAAGCCAUUGUUAUCACUGUCAUUUAAUAUUUAAUAACAAAACUAUACAGAAUUAUCUUAUAUGCAUACCAAUGAAUGUUUUGUACUAUCUAGUUAAAUUUUUUAAAUAAAGUUUUAUGGGUUAAGCAGAA